GGUGCUGUUAUUGUUCGGUUUGAAGAGUUUGGGGGUGGUCGGUGCUUUGGUUUUACUUUAGGGGGCCGUAAGCUACCACUGGCAGGCAAUUACACUCAAAUGCAAACACCUGCUGGCCUAGGUCAGGAUACAUUUUAGCGACAUAGCAUCACAUUUAUCCAGGUAGUGGUAAGCUAACAACUUAGGUCCCAAAGUAGCUGAUGGAUGCGCGGGUAUCGGACUUAUUCGGCUCAGGAAAUGGACACGGCUCUGGAUCUCCAGGUGUCGCCUCUAACGUCAAGCCGGGAAAUGGCCAUGGCGUAGCUCCCAAAAAGGCUGGUGCUAAAAACAAGAAAUCAAAAGCUCGAUUCUCUCGCACCUUCAAACCAAGCAAUAACACCCCAUAUCUACCUCCAGAGGCUGAAGAGGGAAAUAUAGAGUACAAGCUGAAGCUGGUGAACCCCACGCAAUACCGCUUUGAGCACCUGGCAACACAAAUGAAAUGGAGACUGCAGGAGGGCCGAGGCGAAGCUGUCUAUCAAAUAGGUGUUGAGGAUAAUGGCAUGCUGGUGGGACUAUCAGAGGAAGAUAUGAGGGCAUCACUGAAGACACUCCAUAGGCUUGCAGAGAAAGUUGGAGCUGACAUCACUGUUCUCCGAGAGCGAGAGGUUGACUAUGACUCUGAUGAGCCUCGUAAGAUUGCUGAAGUUCUCAUUCGCAAGGUGCCAGAUGACCAGCAGUUCUUGGACUUGCGAGUAGCUGUACUGGGUAAUGUGGACUCAGGCAAGUCCACUCUGUUGGGUGUUUUGACACAGGGUGAGCUGGACAAUGGACGUGGAAGAGCGCGGCUCAACCUCUUCAGACAUCUUCAUGAGAUCCAGACUGGACGCACUUCAAGCAUCAGCUUUGAGAUCCUUGGCUUCAACAGUAAAGGAGAGGUUGUGAAUUAUAGCGAGUCUCGAACAGCAGAGGAGAUUUGCGAGAGUGCCUCUAAAAUGAUCACAUUCAUUGAUCUGGCGGGUCACCACAAGUACCUAAAGACCACCAUCUUUGGCCUCACCAGCUACUGUCCAGAUUUCGCUAUGCUGGUCGUGAGCGCAAAUACUGGCAUUGCUGGAACGACACGGGAGCAUCUUGGGUUGGCCAUGGCCCUGAAGGUGCCCAUCUUCAUCGUCAUCAGUAAGGUGGACCUGUGUACACGGGCCACUGUGGAGCGCACAGUGCGGCAGUUGGAGCGUGUCUUGAAACAGCCGGGCUGCAACAAGGUGCCCAUGGUUGUAAGCAGUACGGACGACGCCGUCACAGCAGCACAACAGUUCGCCCAGUCACCCAACAUCACACCCAUCUUCACCCUGUCCAGUGUGUCUGGAGAGAGUCUAGACUUGCUCAAGGUCUUCUUCAACAUCAUCCCUCCUCUUAGCAACAGCAAAGAGCAGGAGGAGCUUAUGCAACAGCUAACUGAGUUUCAGGUGGAUGAGAUCUACACAGUGCCAGAGGUGGGGACUGUGGUGGGAGGUACUCUGUACAGUGGUAUUUGCCGUGAGGGAGAUCAUCUUGUAGUAGGGCCCACAGACUCGGGCCAGUUCCACAAGUUGACCAUCGGGAGCAUCCAAAGGAACCGCUCGGCAUGCAGGGUACUCAGGGCCGGCCAGGCUGCCACACUCGCCUUGGGAAACUUCGACCGAUCACUACUACGCAAGGGUAUGGUGAUGGUGAGUCCGGAGAUGGAUCCUACCAUCUGCUGGAUGUUUGAGGCUGAGAUUGUGCUGCUCUUCCAUGCCAAGACCUUCCACAAGGGCUUCCAGGUUACUGUGCACAUUGGCAAUGUGAGACAGACAGCCACUGUGGCAGCUGUGUAUGGCAAGGAGGAGCUGAGGACGGGAGAGAAAGCAGUGGUUCUCUUCAAGUUCAUCAAGCACCCAGAAUAUCUGAAGGUAGGAGCUAAGGUGCUUUUCAGAGAGGGCGUGACCAAAGGUAUCGGCCACGUCACCAAGUUGCAGCCCAUUGCCCAGUACCAGCCAUCCCAAAGCGAGGAUGAGGAAGUCUGAAGUUUUUCAGACAACCACAACAGAAAACACCGUCCCACCCCAAAACAAGGUGCUUUAUAAACCCCUCCUGCUCUCUCCAAAGGCUACUCUCCCACGUUCCCUGCACAGUAAACCCCUUUCACAGGAUUUUGUUGUGUUAUCACCUUUUUCUAAAGCCUUGUUGUCACCUUCUUCAUCCUUUGUCCUCUCCAGCCUUUUAAAUAGCUGAUGAUAUUUUAGUCUGUUUUCUGGUGAGGUUUAAAGAGUGUGGCUUUUCAUGGCACUGAUAAGAGGAAAUUCUCCAGCCACCUCUGUAACACAUUCAAAGCAACAUCUACCAAAGUGAUAUUGAGUGUCAAGAACACAUAGUUGCAAUGCACGGAUCAAUAAGUGGCAACUAGGAAUAUCUAUGUUGAAGUGCUGCCUGCACAGUUUACACCUAAAUGCACUACCUAACACACUUCAAAAAAGAUGCACACACACUUGCACUGAAACAUAAAUGCCAGUGUUGAUAUACCUUUGGCAGAUAAUUGUUUACAAACUCAACAGCUGCAAGUAUGAGAUGCUUGAACAUUAAGGUAUUACCUGUAUCACCAAUGUCAUUGUUGUCAUCACCUCACAGCAGCUUGUCUGUGAUACCAGCACAGUGCCUGACUAAUAAGGACAAACCUCUGAUCUCACUGUAUUUGAAUACUCUUACAUCAAUAUCCUUUUCUUAGUAACUACUAAUGAAUUGUGUGAGAUAGUGUAGAAGCAACAAGAUGCAUUUGUGGUUCUCAGACACAUCUUGUCAGUCGUAUAUAAGCUUAGCCAUCUUGCUUCAAGCUACUAUUACUGACACAGGCACUUUAUGAAGGUAAAGGAGAGCAUUGCGAGGUAUGCAAAGAUAGAACUUGACCCAGUUUGUAUGUCGGCCUGCCAAGCUAACUCACAUUGGCAAUCACCUUAUAACUGUCACAUUUGUCUGUGAGAAUUCUGUUUUUUUUUUUAUUUUAUUUUUUUUUUAUUCACAAAUAAUGCCUCACGAUAGUGCAGUGAGAUGGUAAUGAUCUCGCUGCCUAUCUUUUAAGUGCUUUAGUUACUCAGGUCAGUGUCAAUAUUGUAUUAGACAGCAUUCCACUCUCACAGAAGUACUUCAGCGAAUGUUUCUGUUGCUGACUUGGGGGUGAGGGGUGUCUCCCAAAGAGAUGUGUUUGAUUAUGCAUUAUAUAGUAUGUGAAGCUGCCAACUGAUGCAGCUUUGUUUAAAAGCAAUUGUUUGUGGUACUUGAUGUCGUCUCUUCACUUAAGUUACUGAUGACACUAACUUUGAAGGGGUUUAACACAGUGCCUAAUGGGGCUACCGUUUGAGUAGCCUUCCAUUAUACCCCAAAGUUUUACAACUUAGUAAACAAGAACAUCUACUUAAGUCGGUGCUACUACUAGAAACAGUUUUUAAUAUCUAGAAGACGACUUUGAAAAUGAAUGUUAAUUGCUACUCUGUUUCAGGCUGUUGGCCUUACCAUCUGUUUUAUCAUUGCAUGUUGAUGUGAUUUAUACACACAUUGUUGUCCCACUUACAUCAGUGAUACUGAGGACAACUGAAAUGUCUGCCCUGUUUUGUUGCACCCACGUUGUUGUGCACAGUUUGUGUGCAUUCAAAGAUGGGAAAAUUUAGAAAGCAUUUCAACCAAAAUAUUUUAUAGCAUUUAUGAAGUUAUAUCAGGGGUUAAAGUUUGUUUUAAUGCAUCUGAGAAGUAUUUUAUAGAUUUCUAGAAGUUCUCGAUUUUACAAUUCAUCCAAACACCUUUUUCACCGUUGCAGUCUUCUUAAUCACACCAACGCAGCUUCACUUUUUUGAAAUCACAUUAAGACCUGUGUUCCUUUUAACUGAAUUUUGAUCAUUAUUUGGGUGAAAUGCAACAUUUAUGUACAGAUCCAAUUUGUGUAUCAUGAUGUACAUGAAUAAAACCUUUAUUGUCUCUUUA